UUGCACCCAAUAUCUCUGCCUAACUCAAAAACUUUUACUAAUCGAAACUAACGUACAUCCACUGAAGUAUCUUUCGUAAGAUUAAUCCUUGUUUCCUAAGCGUUUUCAAAGGCAACCUACCGUUUUCUAGAAGUUGUGUCGAAGUUGUCAAAGGCGUAAAGAAAAGGCUGUGAAAGGCUUCUAAGCUUGGUAUAAAUCAAGAAAGGAAAGUUCCGCCUUAACCGACACUGAACAUGCUUAUUGGUUAGGAUUGAACGGGCUGACUCAUUUCUUUUUUGCCGUGGUAGAGGGCCACACCCUGCAUUCCAAAAACCCUCUGCUGCCGGGCCACACCCGCCAACCCCGCUCUUGGAGCCUCUGAGGUCGGGCUGGGCGUCUAGCUCGCAGUUGACCCCGGGAGAGGAUCGGCGCAUCCACCCGCCCGCCAGCUCCAGACGCCGGGCUCCGCAGCGCCGCUGUCCUAGCACCAGGGCCCGGCAAGCGGGGGAACGGGACCGCCGGGACCGAUCCAGGCGCGGGCGCCCAGCAAGAGCCGCGCCCGGGGUCUGCGCGCCGCUCAGCGCGCUCGCCUUUCCGCCCGCGCCAAGGCUGGCUGCGCGCACCCUGAGCGCGAGGAGCCGCGCGCAAACUUGGUGCCCCAGGAACUUUCCAGGAGACACUGCUUCCGGGGAGGAGAGACCAAGGAAGAAUCCUGCUCAAAAAUGAGGUGAAUUAAUGCUUGGGCGCUCAGGAACCCUGGACAGCUACAUGAGGUGUUUAAAAACUGCCCUGACCAUCUUGCCAAACAAAUCUCUGCUCAUGAGGCCCCACAGGAUGAACGAGCUGAGGCAGGACAGUGUCCUGCCCUGUCGGAACAGUGACUGCUGACCUGCCAAGAGUGAGCUGGGGACUGCCUGCUGUCUGCCAGUACAAUGAAGGAAGUGGUUUAUUGGUCACCCAAGAAGGUGGCAGACUGGCUGCUGGAGAAUGCUAUGCCAGAAUACUGUGAGCCUCUGGAGCAUUUCACAGGCCAGGACUUGAUCAACCUAACCCAAGAGGAUUUCAAAAAACCCCCCUUGUGCCGAGUAUCUUCUGACAACGGGCAGCGGCUCCUGGACAUGAUAGAAACCCUGAAAAUGGAGCACCAUUUGGAGGCACACAAGAACGGCCAUGCCAACGGGCACCUCAACAUUGGUGUAGACAUCCCCACCCCCGACGGCAGCUUCAGCAUCAAGAUUAAACCCAACGGGAUGCCAAAUGGGUAUAGGAAAGAGAUGAUAAAGAUCCCCAUGCCAGAACUGGAGCGCUCUCAGUACCCCAUGGAGUGGGGCAAGACUUUUCUGGCUUUUCUUUAUGCACUUUCCUGUUUUGUUCUCACCACAGUGAUGAUCUCGGUCGUCCAUGAACGAGUACCUCCUAAGGAGGUGCAGCCUCCGCUACCGGAUACAUUUUUUGACCAUUUUAACCGGGUGCAGUGGGCCUUUUCUAUUUGUGAAAUUAAUGGCAUGAUCCUUGUAGGACUCUGGUUAAUUCAGUGGCUGCUCUUAAAAUACAAGUCUAUUAUUAGCAGAAGAUUUUUCUGCAUAGUUGGCACGCUGUACCUGUAUCGGUGUAUUACAAUGUAUGUAACUACACUCCCAGUACCUGGUAUGCAUUUCAACUGUUCUCCGAAGCUUUUUGGAGACUGGGAAGCCCAACUGCGAAGAAUAAUGAAGCUCAUUGCUGGAGGUGGCUUGUCUAUAACUGGCUCUCACAACAUGUGUGGGGAUUAUCUGUACAGUGGCCACACGGUCAUGCUAACACUCACCUACUUAUUUAUCAAAGAGUAUUCCCCUCGGCGACUCUGGUGGUAUCACUGGAUUUGCUGGCUUCUCAGCAUAGUUGGAAUCUUCUGUAUUCUCUUAGCGCAUGACCACUACACUGUGGACGUGGUGGUGGCAUAUUACAUCACCACGAGACUCUUCUGGUGGUAUCACACUAUGGCCAAUCAGCAAGUGCUAAAGGAAGCUUCCCAGAUGAACCUCCUGGCCAGGGUGUGGUGGUACAGGCCAUUUCAGUACUUUGAAAAGAAUGUCCAAGGAAUUGUACCUCGAUCUUACCAUUGGCCUUUCCCCUGGCCAGUAGUCCACCUCAGUAGGCAAGUUAAAUACAGCCGGCUGGUGAAUGACACAUAACAGCUGUACAAAGUGGGGAAAAGACAAAUUGUCCGAAGUGCUAAGAACUCCAUGAGAGAAGAUGCCAUAAAAUAAACGCCUCCCUAAUCCUAUUAUCUUUCAAUGGUUACCUUGACUUAACCUAUUGAGUUACCUGGUCAGCACUGUGAUCUUUUUUUCUCUCCAAAGGACCUGCGUUGGACAACAAUAAAGAAAAAUUUAACCUAUCACGCACUGUACACAUUUCCUGUUCAUAAGUUUGGGAUUUACAUAACCCGCAACCACCAUGUUCCUUUGUAUAUGAUGCAACAGCAUAAAUGUAAGCUUUUAUAUCAUAAGUUCUGGUCUUUCCAGUCACAUCUGGAAAUAAAGCAUAUUAUUUUCUUGGGAAAACAUACUUUUCAUAUCUCUUGCCCCAAAGAUUGGGCUGUAAGCCAUUUUCUAGCAAAUGUCUCUAUGAAGGUUUCUAAGUACCUGAAUGGGGUUUGAUUCUAAAAUCUUUCUACCUGUUGCACCGAUAUUCAAAUAAAAAUGAUAGACACAGAAAGGUUUGGUAACUUUGGGUUUUGUAAAAUCAGCAAAGACAGUGUUUCAAAAAGUGCAAAAAAAAAAAGAUUCUGUUAUAAAGUGAUUUUCUAAGUAUUUCCUAACUUUAUUUUUCAAACUGAUGUUAUGAAAACCAAAUUUAAAGAUUUUUAACAUGUCAGAGAGAAGAGAGUUAAAAUUUAAAAGUGCAUCUUGGGAGAGAAAUUUGUCUAUGUUUCUAGUGCCUUUCUUGUCUUGAUUGUAUGGUCAGUAGGCAAUCUUAAAUGUUUUUAUUUAAAAUAAAGUAUUCCAUGAAAAUAUAAAUAGAUGUAUACACUACUAAAUUUUGCAUUUAUAGCUAAAUUGAAUCAGAAGACUGCUUAUGGUUUUAAAAUUGUGAUGACUUAAAUAAUGAGGUUGUUAAUUAGAGUCAGAGCCUGUUCACAUAUUGUGAUCAGGUAGCAAUGACAUGUACCACUUAAAUUAUUUUAUCGUCAAUUUGGUAGUUCGAUUUUAACUACUCAAUUAAAACAGCCAUGAAUAUCUUUUCUUAAAGAGAGUUUUGAAAAUGAUCACUUACCUAAAACUUGAAAGAUAUGAAUUAGUUAUCCAUACUCUCAUGACAAUUUUGUUGGUGAACAACAAAAAAGAGAUCUAUUUCUUUAAAAGAUAUUUGUGCAGAAACUGCAUGUAACUCUAAGUUUUACUCCUAACAUACAUAUGUUUGGGGAAGUAUUCUAUUCUAUACUUGCCAAUGUGGAGAACAAAAUAGUUUUUUAAGAAUGAAGAAGUAUAUAUAUCCAUUCUGUAUUUUACGUGCAGCAGAAUUAUCUUCCGUAGGAUUUUUUUGUGUAUUCACAAGGUGAUAUUUGUAUUGUAAAACAAUAACGGUGAAGGAAAUAAAAAGGCUUUUAAAAUUU